AUGACCGUCACAUACGACAUGUCGUACCGCGGCUGGUCUUCGGGCUCCCACUCGGCCGCUUGUCUCGAAGACAAAUUCGAAAUCAUCAAGGACAUUGGCGAUGGCAGCUUUGGCAGCGUUGCCCUGGGCAGGACGAGAAGCGCAGGCGCCCAUCUCGUUCGUCGAGGUACCAUGGUAAGUGCUCGGUGCUCAAGAGUCUUCCGUAGGCAUCAAGUCAGUCAGCUCUGACGCCAAAUUAGGUUGCUAUCAAGACCAUGAAGAAGACUUUCGACAACUUCGCGCAGUGCAUGGAACUGCGAGAAGUCAUCUUCUUGAAGUCAUUGCCAAACCAUCCGCAUCUCGUCCCUGCUUAUGACAUCUUCCUGGAUCCGCUGAGCAAGAAGCUUCACAUCGCCAUGGAGUACAUGGACGGCAACCUCUACCAACUCUUGAAAGCCAGGGAUCACAAGCCUCUGGACGGCAGCAGCGUGAAGAGCAUACUGUUUCAGAUCUUGGGCGGUCUGGAGCAUAUUCACGAACACCACUUCUUCCAUCGCGACAUCAAGCCGGAGAACAUUCUCGUGUCGACAUCGGCACCCGACAACAGCAACACCUUCAAGAGAUACUCGCAGCUUGUAACGCCGCCCUCUACCCCACCAACCUACACUAUCAAGAUUGCGGACUUUGGUCUUGCGAGGGAAACGCACUCGCGAGUGCCGUACACGACAUAUGUAUCUACGAGAUGGUAUCGUGCACCCGAGGUCUUGCUGAGGGCAGGAGAGUACUCGGCUCCUGUCGAUAUCUGGGCCGUGGGUGCCAUGGCCGUUGAAAUUGCCACAUUGAAGCCUUUGUUUCCCGGUGGUAAUGAGGUGGAUCAGGUCUGGAGAGUGUGCGAGAUCAUGGGAAGUCCAGGCGGCUGGAUGAACAAACAAGGACAGAAGGUGGGCGGUGGUGAAUGGAAGGAAGGAAUCAAGCUCGCACAGAAGCUGGGUUUCUCAUUCCCGAAGAUGGCACCGCAUUCCCUGGAGACCGUGCUGUCAGCACCUCAGUGGCCUGCCAGUCUUGCUCAGUUUGUGACCUGGUGCCUGAUGUGGGACCCGAAAGUGCGACCAACAUCGAGGCAGGCACUGGAACACGAGUACUUCCGAGACGCCCUCGACCCACUCCGACCGAAGAGCGCGGUGCCCAAGGCUCUCGGACGCAAAGCUUCUGUCCUCGGAAACGGCGCGGAGUCGAGCGAUGGUGGGCAGACCUUGUCGACGAAGACGUCUGCCUGGCUCCGAAAAUCUAUGGGUGCCGGCGGGAUCCGCGAACCAUCUGCACCUGCGGUGCCAGAACACGCGCAGCCCAUUUACAACCAACCAGCUCCAAUUCAGACGAUGACAGACGGACCUGCAGUAGUCAACAAGGCAAGACCCGCUGCAACGAAACGGGCAACCUGGACAAACGGUGCCACGCAGAAUGCCGCACCUAUUCCAAUCCUGCCCUCGAUCCGACCCAUCUCACCUCUACGGGAUGCAUCGGUAGCCCAAGCAAACGCUCGCCGCACGCAGCAGCCUGACGACAAACCCAUGAAGAAGAUCGGCCGACAGCUUUCUGUGAACUCUCAGGGCAAUCAUUAUGCAGACCUUCACCGACAAGAAGCGGAGCGCGCACUGACCGGUGGCAAUGGCCUCAAAUCACCCACGGGCAGUCAACGGGAAAGCUUUUUCUCGCAUCUGCGGAAACGUGCUCGGCGCCUGUCUGGACGUCACCAAGGCACCACAUCUCCCGCACCGGAAGACAUGGAAGCGGACGUUGGCUGUGCACCCUGGACCAAUGCCAGGCAGUCCGUGCAAGAGGCUCCACAACAAACUGCUCCUGUCGCAUCCGAUCCAUCGACUGACCCCAACUUCGCCGAAUUGGAUCGCGCGCUCCAAAACGUGCGAUACAGCCUCGAUGCAGCUGCGAACACGAACAAUGUCCAGCCGAAGCAUCCUACUCGGGUUGCGAGCAAUCCAGCCCUGAAGAGGCAUCAUUCCCUGCCAUACGGAAAGGAGGAUGUCCCCCCGUCGGGAAGCGCAUCAGCAGCAAACCGGAUUCGCAGGUCUCUAAGGCACGCCCCUAGCAGCAGAUACGAGACACCGUGCGAAGAGGAUGAGUUGCUGGAUGAAGCGCUCGCGUCUGCUCACCGCGCUGCCAAACGGCUCGAUAAUGCUCCGACAAACAAUGCCACAGCGACUACCCAGUCAUCGCGGCCGCCACUCGCGCACGUGACAUCAGAGCCCACCUACCCUGCACCAUACCUAACACCGUCUCAUUCAAAGGACCAAAUGAGCGUCGACUUUGCCUCGCAGGAUUACACACCUUCGAAGCCAAUGGACAUUCCUCCCAUGCGGGCUCAGCAAACCCAACAGGUGGUGAAUCCACAGUGGCCAACGCCUCCCUACGACGAGAAUGACUGGGCCGCGGCCGCUGCAGCUAGCAUUCUUGCGACUCAAGCUGCCUACCGAUAG